AUGGAUAUUCGGAACUUUUAUGGCGCCGCGACUGUCAUAUUCGCUCAUCCCGGAGAAUACGGCGGAUAUGGAGAUUUAAAAAUCAUGCACUUAGUGCAUUCCUGCUCGAAGUUAUUACACCAGCGCCAAGUAAUGACUUUGAACGUGCACUUCAANAAAAUGUGGAGAUCUCUCAGAUACCAAAAUCGAAUAGUGCAGCCCAUUAUUGUUGCUAUUAUGCCCACUUUCGAGUCAUAUUUGGAAUUUAAGGAGGCAACCAAAACCUAUCCCAUGUCUUUUCCGUCGUGGUUUGUGCUGUUUCUNUUCACACCUGACAACGAUGCGCACGAUCAUUGUCACUAUCCGAUAGGCAAUCCGUUCAACUUGCGGUUCGACACGCAGAUGCUAGUAUUGUGUCACAAUGCGAGUAUCCUGCAAGAAUGGUAUUCGAUCAACGGCAAGACCACGAAGGUCUUUGAUAUUGCGAAAUGGGAAAAUGACAGAUUCAUUCCCUUGACAAAACUAGCUUUUUACGAUCGCAGAAACGAUUUGAACGGGACUGUUUUGCGAACCGCCACUGUCAAAGACAUGCCGAUGUCGAGCAAGUACGUCGGAAAAACUGAAAACUUCAUAGCCAAAUUGUUCGAAAAAGUAGUGGAAGAACUUACACAUACUCUCAAUUUUACUCUCGAUAUCGUAUCUGACAUGGAGGAGCAUGGAAUAUGGAAUCAUCAAAAUGGAACUUGGUCCGGAGUGAUGGGUGAGAUUGUGUCGGGUCGCGCAGAUAUCGCCAUCGCCAUUAUGUCGAUGACGAGUCUUCGAGUGCGCGAUGCGGAUUUCACGCUUCCUUUGGUAAUAUCUAAGGUCAGUUUCUUUUUCAAAGAUCCGGGAAUGUGCGACGUCAAGUGGUUUAGUUAUUUCCAGACUUUUCAUAUACACACUUGGGCUGCGAUUAUUACUGUAAUCGCGAUUACACCGAUUCUGUUGUAUUUGAUGAAAGUGUCCUUCAAAUCUCAAAAUAGAUUGCAACUGCUUUCUGACAAUUUUCUCUACAUUUGGGGUAUCUUCUGCCAGCAAGGACUUAUAGAAUUUCCAACAUGUUCGUCAAUGCGAAUUGCGUACUUCACGAUAUUUGUAACGGCAGUAUUAAUAAUGGCGCAUUAUUCAGCGGCAUUAGUUUGUUUUUUGACGUCAUGCACUCAUAUUUUACCUUUUAAAACAGUAGACGAAUUGAUCAAAGACGGCUCAUACAAAUUAGUAGUUCAACGCGCCGAUUACAACAUAUUUGUUACUUCGAAUGAAUCUUUCUCAAAACAAAUGAUGAAAGUAAUAAAAAAUGAAAGCGACCUGCCAGCGUCCAUAAUUGAUGGUUUCAUGCAAAUAUGUACCGAGAAAGUUGCUUAUUUGGUGCUGAACGCUUUAAAGGAAAACAUGGAGACGAAGAUUCCAUGUAAACUAUCUAGUAUUAGCACGGAAACAAUAGAUAACAUAGGAAUUGUUCUUUCUAAAGACAAUCAAUACACAGGCGUAAUAAAUUAUCAUUUACAGAAAUUCUUGGAUAACGGCAUGUUAAUGCGCUUAAAAGAUAUGAGAUCUUUUAUGCAAAAAAGCGAACACAAGGCUUACGAACCAGUUCAUAAAGAUAGAAUGGAGAUGUGGGUAUGCCACAUCCCUAUUAUUAUAUUCGUAUGUCUUGCUCUGAGUGACUCUGACGCGGUAAUCUAA